AAUAUAUGUAUAAAAAUAUGCCAGUCAUUUUUAUUUUCUUUUACGUCAUACGUUUUAUUACAACAUGAAGAUGACAAAAAAUAUCUAUGAACAAUAUUUGUUUUAAGUUAACAUAGACAGUUAGAUUAAUUCUCAUACUAACUUAUUUUCAAAUUAGACAAUAAUUAUUAAUAAAAUUGCUUAAUUUAGAUGAACACAACGGUGGCGAACGUUGUGACAAUGUUGUCAACACUAGUGCCGGAUGCUGCGAAAAAUUUCGGCACUGUAUCAUUUUCAUGGCGUUUAUUUCGGUUGUUUCGGCGACAAACAAUCAUCAGCAAAAGAGUAUUUGUUAGGUGGCAAAGAAAUGUCCGUGAUACCAGUCUCAAUAUCCCUUGUUGCAAGUCACAUUUCAGGACUGACACUCCUGGCGGUUCCCGCAGAUGUCUACGCUUACGGUGCGGGAUACGGCCUGCUUCCUUUCGCCCUUGUCAUAGUCUACUUCUUGACCGUUUACGUGUACCUGCCCGUUUUCUAUAAUCUGCAAGUAACUAGUUUGUACGAAUAUUUGGAACGGCGGUUCGAUUACAAUAGCAGGAUUCUGGCAUCGUUUCUUUUUACCGUUGCCAUGUUGAUGUACCUGCCAAUCGUGAUUUACAUUCCCGCUUUGGCUUUAUCGGCAGCGACUGGAGUAAACGUACAUUUUAUCACACCUGUGGUUUGUGGCGUGUGUAUUUUUUACACAACGAUCGGCGGUUUAAAAGCGGUGGUCUGGACCGACACAAUUCAAUUCACCGUCACAAUCGGUUCGUUACUGACUGUAUUUUUUAUGGGACUUAAAUCUGCUGGUGGUUUCGGACAAGUUUGGGAUAGAGCAUCAAUUGGACAACGAUUAUCGAUUCCACUGGGUUUGGACCUGACUGAAAGAGAUUCUUACAUUGCGAUAAUUUUAGGAUUUGCCAUUACUUGGUUGUCUUUUAGUGCUGUAAAUCAAGGAUGCGUUCAAAAAUUCCUAUCACUUCCGACUUAUGGCAAAGCCAAACUUUCUGUCGUUUUAUUCAUAAUGGGAAUGUCUAUUGUAACGCUUUUCAGCGUAUUUACAGGUUUGAUAAUGUACGCGAAAUAUUACCAGUGCGAUCCAUUUACAUCAAAAGCGAUCAAAAAACAUGACCAAAUCCUUCCUUACUAUGUUCUAGAUGUUGCAGGAUCAAUUCCCGGUCUACCAGGGCUUUUCAUUGCAGGAAUAUUUUGUGCUGCCUUAAGUACAUUAUCAGCAACAUUAAAUUGUAUGGCGGGAACGAUAUAUGAAGAUUUUCUGGUGAAACUAUUACCUGAGCACACCGAAAAAACAACAGCCAGUAUUCUAAAGCUUAUAGUUUUAAUUACUGGGAUUGUUUGCACUGCUUUAGUUUAUGUUAUUGAAAUGUUCGAAAGCGUUUUACCCACUGCAUUUACUUUUGGAGGAAUAACUGGGGGACCGACUGUUGCACUGUUCACUAUGGGAAUGUUGAUGCCACAUAUCAAGGGAAAAGCGGCCUAUUACGGAUCGAUUUUUGGAUUGAUCGUAAUGGCAUAUAUCGGAUUUACUGCUCAGUAUUAUAAGACAACGCGGGCAAUUUACAUACCUACCAAACCGUUGUCUAUUGAAGGGUGUUUUGUGAAUAACACAGAAGAGUUUAUGAACAUAAUCGCCACAACUGCUUCAUACAAUUCUUCUUCAUCGUCUUCAAUCAUUCUAAACACUGUUAAUGCUACUACACGAAUACCAAAACAAGAAGUUUUCGCUCUUUUCAGAAUAAGCCACUACUACUUUACAAUCGUUGGAUGCUUAAUUUCAAUGAUUGCAGCACUUAUAAUAAGUUGCUUCGAGAAGGAUAAAAAACCAGCGGAUAAAAAUUUAAUUUCUCCUUUGGUACAUUUUCUGUUGCCUCCAGAACAUUGCUCUUUGGAUGUAAAAUACAAGGAUGUGAAAGAAGCUCUAGCAUCUGUUACAACUGGUGCCGAAAAAGAUUGAUUAUGUAAUAUUUACAUUCUCUGUUUUGUUAAUAUCGCAAUGCAAUUUGUUUGUUUAUUUGUUAUUAUAAUAAGUGUAAUAAUAUAGUAUAAAACGUCAAA